AUGCCUAUAUCUAUUGCUACACGCGCCUUGGUUAUUGGCUUCAAAGCAACAGGCAAAACGACCAGAGAAAUCGAAGAUCUUACUAAGCUUCCUAAGCGUACGAUCAACGAUAUCUACGCCCGCGCUAUCCAACGUGGUUUUGAUCCAAAUGAACGUCCUUUAAUCCUACCUGACGAUAUUCUCGCUGAUGCCCCUCGCUCUGGCCGCCGCCCUACGAAGCAAUCGACUGAAUCCCAAGAUAAGACCCUUGCGAAAGUGCGCUUUGAUCGUUACGGACGCGAAAAAACCUGUGCUGAUAUUGCUGGGGAGCUAAGUCAAGAAGGGAUCGAUAUCUCUACUAUUACCGUUUGGCGGAUCCUACGGAAAUUAGGUUUACGAAAGACAAACCAACGAGGAAACCUGGAUUGA